GUUAGUUAUGGCAGAGCGGAGGUUAGACCAGAGCUGGGUAGACAGCAGAAGCUAGAAGGCAGAAGUAGAUGUCAACGUCGAGGGCAGUUCGUGAGCAAUCUCUCUCGCAAUCGGAUGUGCUAAUAUCGAUUCAAGAGCGUAGCGGAGCACAGGAGUAAUUGAGGCGGCUCAUUCGCCUCCACCUGUGAACAGUCAUCGUCAGCCGGUGUCGACAUUGGCACGGCGAGAAUGGGCAGCUUCCCUUUUUGUGUUCUCGUGUCCCUCGUGGGAUUGGCUGUGCUGCUGUGCAAUGCGCCGGCCCAAGGAAGGUUGUUCACAACCCAAGAGAAAAGGGCCAUGCUGGGCCUUCACAAUCUAAGCCGAGGAAAUGUCAAUCCCAAGCCAUGCGAGCCCCUGCGCCCUCUGCAGUGGGAUGAUACGUUGGCAAGAGUGGCUAAUCAGUACGCCAGUAAGUGCGUCUUUCGGCACAAUCCGAGCAGAACCACUGAGUACAACAGGCUGAGUGGAAGAAACUACCACGGAGUGGGUGAGAAUUUCUAUGUAGAUUCGACACUGGAUGAUGCAAAGGUCGUAAUCCGUUCAUACAAGUCAUGGAGCGAUGAAAAAUCAAAAUACGACUAUGCAAGGAAUCAGUGCACGCCGCAGCACUCUUGUCUCCAUUACACUCAGUUGGUGUGGAAUGCGACGACUUCCGUUGGCUGUGCUACUAAUGUAUGCAGCAAGCAGAGCUCGACAAACUGGCCAUACCCGAGCAGGCACAGGUUACGGAUGACAUUCUGCAACUACGGUCCGGCAGGUAAUUACAUCGGACAGCGGCCAUACCUGUGCUCACGACCGGCCGCCCCCACACCACCACCACCACCACCACCCAGACCAGCCACAGCAGCCAGACCAUCUCGACCAGCUCAACCAGCUAGACCGUCCAGCUCCGGCAUCAGCGAAUCGGAACGGUCGGCGAUCGUGUUCUACCACAACUACGUCAGGAAACACGCAUCACCACAGGCAUGCACUCCUCUAGCCAAUGUCACCUGGGACGAUGAUCUGGCCAAAGUAUCGCAGAGGUUUGCCAACUUGUGCAAGUUCAAGUCUAAUCGAAACAGACAGACGCUAGUCAACGGUCAAAGAAAAAAGAGAGCACAGCCGCCAUUCGGAUAUGUCGGCGAAAACUUGCACUUCAGCGCAAACACUGCUUUGGCUGCAAUACAACUAGCUUCACUGUGGGCCGAGGAAGCGCGGUCCUACAAGUUUGGCAAAAACAGAUGCGUACGAGGAGAGACGUGCCGGAACUACACGAAUAUGGUCCAGGCCGCGGUGACGAGCGUGGGCUGUGGUGUUGCCGUGUGCAGUCACCAGAGCUCGAAGAAGUUCCCGUUUAGCGCAGCCCAGCACCCCCAAGCAACCUUGCUAAUUUGCUACUAUGGCUCUAAGGAUGCCACAGUCAACAACACUGCUCAGCCGUACCAGAAAUGCGCACCGAGUCCCAGAGCACCGAGUCCCAGAGCGCCGAGUCCCAGAGCACCAAGUCCCAGAGCACCGAGUCCCAGAGCACCGAGUCCUAAAGCACCAGCCUCCACUCCCCAACGACUUGUCAGCUUUGGAAUCAGUGCUCUUGUCAAGGACCGACUGUUACGUUUUCACAACUUCUGCCGGAGAGGGCGAAAGGAUACAUCCAGCGGCAAACCCCCUGCUGACCUUGCCUGGGAUGAUACGCUAGCUAAAGUUGCCCAGGUCUACACGAAGAAGUGCAAGUUCGGGUCGAAUAGUGAGUUCAAGUCGAAUAGCGCCAGAAAGAGUGAGGUCAACACUGAAAAGCGAAGCGGACAACGAUACCAGUAUGUUGGUGAGAACAAUCACGUUACAAAUUUAUGGAGGUAUCCAUUGCUAUCAAUUCUCGGCAGCUGGAUUCGUGAAGCUCACAGCUACACGACCAAGACUAACAAGUGUGCAGCUGGUAAGACGUGCGGGAAUUACAAGAACAUUGUUCGGAGAAAGGUGACGCAUGUGGGCUGCGGUGCUGCUGUGUGUCGUACCAACGGCACUGGCAACCCCACUAACGUGAAACUGUUCACCUGUUACUACGGCUCCCAGAGGAACAUCACGGAAGCGGCCAAGCCAUACCGGACGAGCUGAGACAGGUUUGUAUAGGGGUUCGAGGGGACGGUGCCUGAAGAAACCACAUCUCCCCCCGGGACCGUGCGCCAGUACUAGCAUGUAGCUGCUCCUUGCGCUCUUAUUGCUUUCCCUAGCCGCCACCCCCCCCCCCCCUCCCUCCGCACUAGCUUUUUGUGACUGAUAAAUCCAUACGUCAGCGCUUGAUUUCUUGAGCGUGAGUCGUGCGCGCACGUGCACGUGCCUGACUAUCGCCUGGUUGGUCAGGCAUCGUCGGGGCAACGAGCAGACAACAUAAUUAUUCUUUGACUUGUUAUUGUUAGUUAACUUGUCCAUUAUAUUUGUUACUUGGAUCAACGUGCAAUUGUUAUACUAGUAUACUACUGCUGCACUGGCAUACCGUAUUUUCCAGAGUAUAGUGCGCACUUUAGAUGUGCUAGUUUAGGCCCUAAAUCGCAGGUGCGCACUAUGCUCCGAAUGUGAAAUGCAUGUACUUCAAUGAAGAUUGAAGUGCGCACCCCCAAUGAAGAUUGGGGGUGCGCGUUAUACAAAGGUGCGCACUAUACUCCGGAAAAUACGGUACUAUUGUUACACUUGUUGACUAUUGUAAUGCUUGUUUCUUGUUAGUUUUUUUUUCUUCGUACGACCUCUUACCAAACUGCGACCUUUCUCCACCGUGCUACCUGAGAUGUCUCAUGAUCAUGGCUUUACUGACGUCAUUGUGGCUAGCCUUGGUUUUUAACAAAAUACGUGUCUAUAAAAAAAAAAUUAUAUGCACUCUGGUCUAUUAAACUCAUUCCAGCGUGCACUGGCACAUUGCAUUGUUUUCUCUCUCACACCAUUCUUCUGCUGCUGUUGUUAAUGCACAUGUUGGCGGCUUGUUCAGUGAUUCUAUAGCCUGGCCGCGCUUGACGAGCAGAACCUUUGA